UGGGAAUAUCUCGAUUUCUUCUAUGAAAUGAUGAUUUGUUCUUUUCGACGCAGAGCAGAGGCAUUGCAAAGGGCAACGCGUAGCUAAAUGGAGUCGGAGCAGCUCUUUAACAGGGGCUACUACAGAAACAGCUACAACAGCAUCACUAGUGCCAGCAGCGACGAGGAGCUUCUAGAUGGCGCCGGCGUCAUUAUGGACUUCCACACCACCGAGGACGACAACCUGCUGGACGGAGACGCUUCCCCAGGAUCUAACUACGCCAUGUCGAACGGGGGCGGGGGGGUGAGUAGCUCCACCCACCUCCUGGACCUAUUGGAGGAGCCCAUCCCGGGGGUGGGUACUUACGACGACUUCCACACCAUCGACUGGGUGCGCGAGAAAUGCAAGGACCGCGAACGCCAUCGUAAGAUUAACAGUAAAAAGAAGGAGUCGGCAUGGGAGUUUACCAAGAGCCUGUACGACGCCUGGUCAGGAUGGCUGGUAGUCACCCUGACUGGCUUGGCUUCAGGUGCGCUGGCUGGUCUGAUUGACAUAGCUGCUGAUUGGAUGAAUGACCUGAAGGAGGGCGUGUGCCUCAGUGCUAUGUGGUUUAACCACGAGCAGUGUUGCUGGGGGUCUAAUGAGACCACCUUUGCUGAGAGGGACAAGUGCCCGCAGUGGAAGACGUGGGCGGAGCUUAUUCUGGGACAGGCCGAGGGGCCUGGCUCGUACAUAAUGAAUUAUUUCAUGUACACGUACUGGGCUCUGGCCUUCGCUUUCCUGGCCGUCUGCCUGGUCAAAGUUUUCGCACCGUACGCCUGCGGGUCGGGAAUCCCUGAGAUUAAGACCAUCCUGAGCGGGUUUAUCAUCCGGGGUUACCUGGGGAAGUGGACCCUGAUGAUAAAGACCAUCACCCUGGUCCUGGCCGUGGCGUCGGGUCUCAGUCUGGGGAAGGAGGGCCCACUCGUGCACGUGGCGUGUUGCUGCGGCAACAUCUUCUCUUACCUGUUCCCCAAAUACAGCAAAAACGAAGCCAAGAAACGAGAGGUACUGUCGGCUGCGUCGGCGGCGGGGGUCUCUGUGGCUUUCGGUGCCCCCAUUGGUGGGGUACUCUUCAGUUUGGAGGAGGUGAGUUAUUACUUCCCUCUGAAGACGCUGUGGCGUUCUUUCUUCGCCGCGUUGGUGGCGGCGUUUGUCCUCCGCUCCAUCAACCCGUUCGGGAACAGCCGCCUGGUGCUGUUCUACGUGGAGUACCACACGCCCUGGUACCUUUUCGAGCUCUUCCCCUUCAUCCUGCUGGGCGUCUUCGGGGGGCUCUGGGGAGCCUUCUUCAUCCGCGCCAACAUCGCCUGGUGCCGCCGGCGCAAGUCCACGCGUUUCGGCAAAUACCCGGUCCUGGAGGUCAUCACCGUGGCGGCCAUCACGGCGAUCGUGGCGUUCCCCAACCCGUACACGCGGCAGAACACCAGCGAGCUGAUCAAAGAGCUGUUCACCGACUGCGGGCCGCUGGAGUCGUCCCAGCUGUGCCAGUACCGGAGCCAGAUGAACGGCAGCCAGGCCUACCCGGACGAGCCCAACGUGCCGGCCACGCCCGGGGUCUACUCCGCCAUGUGGCAGCUGUGCCUGGCACUCAUAUUUAAAAUCAUCAUGACCAUCUUCACCUUCGGGCUCAAGGUGCCGUCCGGUCUGUUUAUUCCCAGUAUGGCGAUCGGGGCGAUCGCCGGGCGUAUCGUGGGCAUUGCCGUGGAGCAGUUGGCCUAUUACCAUCACGACUGGUUCCUGUUUAAGGAGUGGUGUGAAGUGGGAGCAGACUGCAUCACACCUGGACUCUACGCCAUGGUGGGGGCUGCCGCAUGUCUGGGCGGCGUAACCCGUAUGACCGUGUCGCUGGUGGUCAUCGUGUUCGAGCUCACGGGGGGGCUGGAGUACAUUGUGCCUCUCAUGGCCGCCGUGAUGACCAGCAAGUGGGUGGGCGACGCCUUCGGGCGGGAGGGGAUCUACGAGGCCCACAUCAGGCUCAACGGGUACCCGUUCCUGGACUCCAAGGAGGAGUUCACACACACCACGCUGGCUCGGGAGGUUAUGCGGCCGCGGAGGAACGACCCGCCACUGGCCGUGCUCACGCAGGACGACCUGACCGUGGAGGAGCUGCAGGCCGUCAUCAACGAGACCAGUUACAACGGCUUUCCCGUCAUCGUCUCCAAAGAGUCCCAGAGACUGGUGGGGUUCGCCUUACGCAGGGACAUCACCAUAGCCAUCGAGAACGCGCGGCGGAAGCAGGAGGGGAUCAUGCUGAACUCGCGGGUCUAUUUUACCCAGCAUGCCCCCACCCUGCCCGCGGACAGCCCGCGGCCGCUCAAACUGCGCAGCAUCCUGGACAUGAGCCCCUUCACCGUCACCGACCACACGCCCAUGGAGAUCGUCGUGGACAUCUUCCGCAAACUGGGCCUCAGACAAUGCCUGGUCACACACAACGGGAAUGUAUUGGGCAUCAUCACUAAGAAGAAUAUUUUAGAACAUCUGGAGGAGCUCAAGCAGCACGUGGAGCCCCUGGCGCCUUCUUGGUAUUAUCACAAAAAAAGAUAUCCUCCGUCAUAUGGCCCAGAUGGCAAACCUCGACCCCGAGUCCAUCAUGUUCAACUAGUGCGCUCCUUCUCCCAGGAAGAGGAGGAGGAGGAAGUGGAGGUGAGCGAAGAGGAAGUGCGCCUCCUGGACGGGACGACCCACUGACCACACGCCCCACCAACACCUCAACCCCUUUGAACUUUUCAAUGUCCUUAGUCUCCUCACCCAACCGUGAAAAAGAAAAAAAAAAAACUCUAAACUGCACAGGACAAGCUGCUGCCUCAUGACCCCUACCCCCCCCACCCCACCCCUGCUACUACCCACCCACCCCCCACCCCCCGCCCCCUCCCAUGGGGUUGGGGGUACAAAGAAGGACAGGACUUCUAUGGGAUUGUCGAACUACUAGGGAAGUGUAAGAUUGGGUGGGUCUCCUACCUACACCCAAAGCACUGGUUACAUGAAGAACGGACAUCCGUGUUAAAACGUACACGCAUCUGCAAGCUUUCCCCCCCGACGUACGCUCACACACAAAACCCACAAAGAGACACACACACACACACACUCACACACACACACACACACACGCGCACACACGCGUACUCACAUGAGCCAAACUCACAUUCUCCUCAAAAACAUCAUCUUCUUCCCUCAUUGUGUGACCUUGUGACCUUCCCGAGAGGGGGGCGCUGAAAACAGGGGGUUAAAGGUCACGAUGAACCGCUGCGAUGCGAUGAGGGACCUUAGGAAGUUUUGCCCUCUCUCUCUCCUCCGUUUGUUCCGUCUGCACUCCCCCGAGGAACUUUAGUGAUGUUUACCUGUUGUGUGUAAGAGAGCGACAGAGAGUCUGUGUGUGUGGGGCGCGUGUGUGUGUGUGUGUGGCAUCUGCUACAUUCCAGUUAGAAAACACAUUCUUCCUCCACUUACUGAACCCUGGAGUCUCAUAUGAAAAUAACCCACCUCAGAGCUAAGGUGAUAACCAAGAAAAAAAACAAAACGCUUUAAAUGUGUGUGUGUGUGUGUGUGCGUGUGUGUGUGAAUGGCAGCAGCACUAACUGAGCCACACACGCUGUGUGUGUGUGUGUAUGAGGGUACGCAUGCGUUGUAUGAGGAAAACUUAUCAAGUAUUUAAUGCUGAGUGAUGAUCAAAUGUACAGAGGCAAGCUCGUUAGCACCUUUUGGAGCCCUACUAUGUCAAUUAAUGUGUGUGUGUGUGUGCGCGCGCGCGUGUGUGUCCUUAAGCUUUUGUGCUGCAGAGAGUUGGACCUGUCAGGUAUGUGUGUGUGUGUGUGUGUGCCUGCCCGACUCACUUUCACUCUGCCAGUCACAAUGAGUCGACAAAAGGAAAAAAAAAUAUCUCUGUGCUAUUUGUUACUGGGAAUGAACUGAACUUUAAUUUUGUUCGAAGUACUAUUAUUGCUACUAAUUUUAGACGUCUUGAUAUGUAAUUAACCAAGUAAUUCCUCUUAACGUGUGAAAAAGAAGAGAUGUGACAGGCGAGUUGCACUUUCGUUUUUAAUUUUUAAUUUGCGAACAGGCAAGACGACUUGGAGGUUGUUGGAUCAUAAAGCUAGCUACACAGUGAGUUAAAUACCUUCUGUCUGGUCGUUCUUUCCCUUUCUUUCACUGCGAAGUUCAGUAUGAAGGUGUCUUGUGUUUUCAUACCACUAUUCGUCCUCCGAGAAAAGAUUCGAAGCCACAGUAAAUUUCGGAAGCGAUAGCCGGAAGAAAAAAAAAAUACCAGUCUGUUAACUACUGUGUAUAGUUGUUCACCCAAAACGAUAUUUUAAGUUACUGGUAACAUACUGAACAGUUGUAAAAUCGCAAAACCACUUGUGGCUUAAAUGGAGACAAGCAAAAAGUAAAGGGUUGCGAAAAGAGUUCGUUCGAAACGCUAAAACGCAGACAUUACAUUUGUCCUCUAACUUAUUUCUUUCUUCACUUUCCAUUUACCUGAAUCUGAUUUUCACUGUCAUUACUUUGACGUGGUGGAUUAAAAAAAAAGCCGAUAAAACGGUGGCUUCUUUGACAUUUUCCUCUCGCUUUGUCUCCAUGGUGACCUGUACAGGGCACUCAAUGUUUUUCUAUAGCUGUGAGUGUUCAACCGUCAGUAAAUGGAAAAUACAUCGUCUUUGGUCAAAAUAAUCUCGAUCUCUUUUUCUUUUUUUUUUAAUUUAUGUUAGUGCUAGAGUUGUACAUUACUGUAAGAAAAAAAAUUACGUAUGAUUACGUAUGAUUGAUGGUUUGAUUGUACAUUUAAGACCGAACAUGUAAAGAUUAAAUUGUUUUAAAUGAAGUGCA